AUGUCUUCUUACGAGAAGCAGCACUCGGAGAAGCAACAGCCCGAGGGGGUGCAAGCUAUGAUACGGCGGUUCCUGGACGAGAAACGCGCUCUCUCGUUGCAUGUGGAGCGCUUGCAGACGCAGGUGCUUGAGCUGUCGCGUGAUCGCGACCGUGCUAACGACGAUGUGCAGAUUGCCGCCUACGAACUCCAGGUCCUGAAACAACUGCAGGGCGUGGACCACAUGCCUGCGCGGCCCGAGCUCACAGAGGAGCAACAACAGCUCUUGAUGCAGCUGCUGGAGCCGAAGAAGUAUGCCCAAGAGCACCGGCAGCUGCAGCAGAUCCUCCAACAGCAAUUGCACCAGCAACAAGAACAGCAACAGCAACAACACGAACAACGAGAACAACAAGGACGCCAACAACAACAACAGAAACACGCGUCACCAGAUGCUGGCUUUAAGCGGCGGUUCGAGGUGAGCCGACGCCGCACGGAGGUGAUUGACGAUGGCGAGGAGAGCUUUGCCGAUGCUGAGCGAGACGCCAUCAGAGACGUGACACGGCAACCAGACGGCACCCUCCCGCACCAGCAGGUGCAGCAGCUUGAGCACGAGCUUAACACCAUGCGCGAGCGUGCGGACGACAUCAUCAACCAGAAGCAGCAGGAAGUGACGGCGCUGCGCCGCCGCAUCACAGAGCUCUCCGUCAGCAAAGGCGAUCCCCCCGUGUCGCUCGCCCAGCACAUGGACGCCGACCUUGUUGCUGCCAUGCGUAGGGCUGCGCGGUACGCAGCACCAGCGACAGCGACGGCUGUGGAGCGGCUGCUGCUGCAGAUCACCGAGUUUGGCUCCAACCCAAAGACACUCAUCCAGUCUGCCAACGCCAUUACGCAAGUGGCGGAGGAGGUUGCGUCACGCGCGGCGGAGCUUGGUGGCGCGCAGCCAGACGCCUCGGAGCUCAUACGCGUGUGGCGCAGCGAUGGCGACGACGGUGGUGGUGAUGAUGGAGGGGGUGGCGGUGGUGCGCGUGGAGCACACGAUGAAGGAGCCCGCAUACAGGCGCGCAAGUCUGAUCAGCACGGCUGGAAGGAGGAUGAGGGUGGCGCUGCUGCCGCUGCCGCUGCUGCGCAGAUUGCGGAGCUACAGCAGCAACUCGACGACGCAAACCAGUCGCUGGCGGUUGAGCUGCAAGAGGAUAAUGAGCAGUUGCGGUCAACACUCGAGCACGUCACUGCGCAGUUUAAGCACAAGGCCGAGGAGGCGGAGCAGCUGGUGCAGGCCUGCCACGAACUCAAAGGCACGCUUGACCGGCAAUACCACACCAUCAUCAUGGGGGAGACGAACAUCGAGGUGCUGCAGCGUGAUCUGGACAUGCUCACCCGCCGCUACUCAGGGCUGCUCACCGCCCACCCAGCACAGGAGUCUGCGCAGCUGAGCGAGAGCUUCGACGAGUUUCAGCACACGCUGCGCACGUACGAGGCGCGGUUUGCACGUCUGACGCAGACGAACGUCGACCUGCAACAUGUGCUGGACGUGCGAACGAGGGAGGUGCACAAGACACAGGAGGCGCUUGACAGCAUGCGCAUGUCUCUACAGCGCACACGGGUGCAGUUUGAUGACCUGUUUGCCGCACACUGCUCGGUCAACGAGGCGUUUAAGGAGGGGAAACGGACGACACGCGAGCUGAAGGCGGAGGUGGAGCGUUUGCGUGGGGACGCAAGACGCGCAGAGGACCAGGAGAAGGAAUUGCGUCAUGCGCGUGUAGAGUUGCGUCAGGGAGAGCAGGCGGUGGCGCGUCUGCAGCAGCGCGUCAGCUUCCUCGUGGCAGAGCUCAACAAAGAGCAUGAAAAGUGCAAACGCCUGGAAAUGCGCGUGCAACAACUCACCCCAUCCCGACAACAACAACAACAACAACAACAACAACAACAACAACAACAACAACAACAACAACAACACGUGCAUGGUCGUGUGAGCGGGCCAGCGUCGUCGUCACCUGCGUUGGCGCGGCACAACAGCGCCCCGCGAUUGCUGUCCACCUCAGACAACGGAACAGAGGACGCGUGGUCGGUGUCCGAUGAGAGCGAAGGAGACCCGUCUGUUCGCCAGCAAGCAAAGACAACAGCAGCAGCUGCUGCUGGUGAUGAUGGUGAUGGCAGUGAUGGUAGUGCGAGUCGACGACGACGGUCGCGCCGGAGUCACCCAGCAGUGCUGCACAGGCAGGAGUCACGCUACAGCAGCAGCGACAACGACGCGUUCCGCGCAGCCAUAUACGGAGAUGACGCACCCGCGCAUGCACACGGCGAUGUCGAUGAUGUGCAGCACCAGCAUGAGCACGAGCGCGGGCGUGUGUUGCACAGACACGCGGCGGUGGCGACGCAGGAGGAGGGACAUCACGCCGAUUUCCAACAAGGAGUCGAUGGCACGCACCUGCACGCGCAGCCACGAACCCGUGCUCGCGGGGACACGCAGCAGUCGUACCAGCCGUCGCUGUUGGCCGACUCUGACCGCCAAUCGCAACCACGCCAGCAUCGAGAGGAUGGGGAGCAGGAGCAGAUGGGCAGAGACGGCGAGCGGCACUGGUACGUUGAGGAGAUGGAGCUGUUGCGCAAGGAACUGCACACGUUGCGUGUGAACAACGAUGAGUUGCGCGAGGACAAGAGGCAGCUCCAGGACAAGCUAGGCUCCAUCAAGGAGGAGCUAACACAGUGGGAGAACAACUACAACCAGCUGGCCAACGAAUUGCAUCAUGAGCAGGGCGUGCUGACGGAGCGGGUGAAGGAGCACUUGCAGCGGGCAGACACCAUGCUGGCCCGCAACACGGCCACGCGCGACGGUGACGGUGAAGGGGGUGGUGACGAGGGCGCUGCAACAGCAGAGGAGGCAGAGGAGAACGCGGGGAAGAUGGCAUCAAUGUCCAAGACGGCACCGCCCCCUGGCGUGCAGCGGCAACAGGACUCGUGCACCAUUCGCAUGGACGCGCUGCUCAGCGCGCGCCGCGAGCUCAAGGCAGUGACUUCUGAGCGGCAGGCGCUGGUGACGCUGCGACUGGCGAUGGACAAGCAGCUGCAGCACUUGCAGGACGCGCUGGAGGCAACGCUGCAGAGCGAAGAGAAGUUGCACGAGGAGAACACAGCGCUGCACCAGCAGCUGGACACGCGUGUGGAGGAGCUGGCGCGGGCGAAGAAGACUGUGGUGGAGUUGCGACAGGAAAGAGACAGCGCAGCGGAGGCGCGGGCAACGCUGGCGCAGGAGGUUGAAGGGCUGCAUGCACGCAUCGACAGGCUUGCGGCUGAGAAGGACAGCGCGAUGGACGAGAAGCAGCGCCUUGAAGCGAAGGUGAAACACGUGGAGGAGGAGUACAAGGCGGAGAUGGAGGACGUGCGUGGCGAGCUGCGAGAGGCGACACGACAGGUGGGCAGGAUGAAGGCGUUUGAGCUUGAGUUGGAGGGCGCAAAGGAGGAGAAGGAGAGAAUACGCGAUGAGAUUACGCGCAUGCGGGACGACCACGCGCGGGUGGUGGAGGACCUUCGCGCCAAGGUGGACGUGCUUGAGGCAGACAGGCGGCAGCUGCAGCGCGCCAACAGCGACAUGAAGGCGAGCCUCGACCAGCACAUGGUGGAGCACCGCAGCCUGACCACUCUGUACGAGGAGACGCGUGAGCGCAUGGCGCAGCUGGAGAAAAAUGCAUCCUCGCCAACGCCGUCGUACCGCGAUUUGCUGGCCAAGGACUUGUUGGACGCAAAGCAGCGGCUCAGCGGCAUUGAGACGCAGCUCAAUCAGGCGCUCGUGGAGAGGGACGAACUCCAGGCCAAGCUCAAGACGAGCGAUGCUGCGCUGGCGAAGACGCGCCAGGAGCUGCGCGAACUCGAAGAAGCGCACGAGCAGGAAGUUGACUCGCUCUCACGCGAGGCGGACACGCGUGUUGCGGAGUUGAGAAAAGACCUCGGCGGGGAAGUGCAGUUGUUGUCGCGGUCGAAUCGGGAUUUGCGGCAGCGGCUGGCGGACGCCGAGCAGCUCGUGGUAGUGCGUGAUCAGACCAUUGCUGAGCUGCAGGUCACGGUGGACAAGGUGCAGUCUGAGCUGGCGAGCGUGCGCGACUCGCGUCUUGCGUCGUACCACAAUGAGUCGAUCAUGUCGUCUGUACAGGCGCCGUGGGAGCGAUUGAACGAAUCCAUCGACCCUGUCCUCGACGAGCUGGCCGAGCCAACGCCAACCCACAACGUGCACUUUGUGAGCGCGAUGGGCAAGUUGCAGACACUGCUGCAACGCCUCUCCAAGCACGGCACCGGCGCGUCCGCCAUCAUCGGAGACAUCACUGCACAUGUGCAGGGCGAACAAGCACCACCGCAGCAGCAGCAGCAACAGCGGGGCAGUGGGGAGGAUGACGAUGCGUUUAGGAAACUUCUGCACGACCUUGAGGAGCUGAGUCGCUCCUUCUCCAGCACAUCCUUUGCACAGCACGUGUUCCGCCCACCGCGCCUGACCAAGCCCACCGUCCCCAGCGCACCCAUGAGCCCAGCCCGUGGCGGCGGUGGCGGCAGUGGGCUGAAUGGCUCGAUUGCAGGAAGCGAUGCUGGCGACCAGCGGGAGCAGUGGGUGCGCAAGGUUCACGAUCUGACGCUGCAGCUUCAGGAGAGCUCCAUGUUCUGGGUGAACAAGGUUCGCUCUCUCAACAACUCGAUUGACGCGAACAAGAAGCUGAUUGUGGAGACGUUUGCCAAGCACGCCAAGCGCACCAAGGUGCUCGUGCACACGCUGAUGCAGGCGUUUGUAACGACGCUGCAGCACUUGUACACCGUGUACUUCCGCGGGUUUGCGCAGCCGACGCUGAUGGUGGACAUCACAGACUUUAUGCAGCGCAUCCAAGAACAGCUUGCGCUCACCGACUCAAAGUCACCGCGACACCGCCACAGCCGCAGAUAGCAGCGUAGAUAGCAGCAACAGCUCGUGCAAUUGCUGAAUGUUACAUCUGGGUGGUGUGCGUGUGGCACUUGAUAUGAACCUUUUAACCCCGCCUUCCUUCAUUCCUCCUUUCCCUCCCCCCUUCUCUUGCCCUUUCCUUUUUUGUAUUGCUCACUAUGUAGGAUAGCAACGCUGUUUUGUUGCUUCAUUGUUCCUUGUACUUUCUCCGCUUGCUUUGUUGGCUGGUUUUUCUUGUUGGGCUUUUUAUGUUGGUGUGCACCUCACCUUUGUUCAUUGCUUCUGUAUCCAUGAUAGCCGUAUCCCUGUGCGCCUGCUUUCCACCGGACCUGCGCCGUUUCUGUACAUACGGCGUGUAUGUGUGUGUGUUUGUGUGCGUGUGUGUUUGUGUUUGUGUGUGUUUGUACGUUUGUGUGUGUGUGUGUGUGUGUGUGUGUGUGUGUGUGUGUGUGUGUGUGCUUGCGAGAGCUCAGAGACGUUUGAUGACAGCAUGCUCGCUUGGCCGUGUUCACUUGCUGGCCGCUUGCGUUAUUUCUUUCUUGUCAUUGUCAUCUUUAAGUCUAUAUCCACCCACUGUGUAAACCCUUUAGCGUGCCC